AUGGACAUCGAUCGAAACAGCUCGGCCUGGACGACGACCGCCGCCUGUCUGGCCGUUGUCCUCUUCCUUUAUCUCGUCAGGCCGCGGUCAUCCUCAUGGGGCUACCCGCCCCUACCCCCUGGCCCGCCGGGUGAAUUUCUCCUUGGUCAUCUGCGUGUUAUUCCCAAAGAGAGAACCGCCGAGACGUAUGCCGAAUGGGCCAAGAAGUACAAGUCAGAUGUCAUCUAUGUCAAAUCCCUCGGGCAGCCCAUCAUUGUGCUCAACAGCGUCGACGCUGCCAGGGAUCUUCUCGACCGGAGGGGGGCCAACUACUGCGACAGGCCCCGAUUCACCCUCUUUGAGGUCAUGGGCUGGGGGAAGACGCUGACCUUCCUCCCCUUCGGGCCCCGCUGGCAGAUGCACCGCAAGCUGCUGCAGACCACUUUCAGUAACACAAACGUGCGGCAGUGGUACCAACUGCAGGUCACAGAGGCCCGUAAGUCCGUCCACAGCAUCAUAAAGGACCCAGACAACUGGGAGGUUUCCAUGAAGAGGUUCGCCGUCGCCAUUGUCCUCAAAGUAAGUUACGGAGUUGAUGUCCCAGAUGACAAUGACCCGUAUGUAAAGAUCGCCGACGAUGCCAUGUACGCAACUGGCAACGGCGGUGCACCCGCCAACAGCAUCGUAGAUGUUUUCCCCCCUGCUCGCCAUCUACCCAACUGGUUGGCCAGAGACUGGUCGCUGAAAUUUGCGCGAGAAUGGGGCUGGGCUAUCCAGAAAUUGCACAACGUUCCAUUCGCUAUUGCUCAAGACGAGGUGGCUCGAGGCAAGGAGAACCCGUCCUUUGCGCACACGUUGUUGGAAACGUAUAAUUCCAACGCCAAGAACGGUCUGAAAAACGAGUGGUCACUUGACGAUAUCAAGGGGGCAGCGGGCGCCAUCUUCAUCGCAGGGGCAGACACGACCUGGGCCACCAUUGUUGUCUUCGUCCUGAACAUGGUCCUCCAUCCCGAGAUUCAGCAGAAAGCUCAGGCAUUAAUCGACCGGGUCGUCGGGCAGGAGAGACUUCCGACCUUAUCCGACAGACCAUCCCUCCAAUACAUUGACCACAUUGUCCAGGAGGUGUACAGAUGGUCUCCGUUGGCACCGUUAGGGAUUCCCCACAAGUCCCUUGAAAACGAUGUCUACAACGGCAUGUUCAUCCCUAAGGGGUCCAUUGUUUUCGCAAACUCCCGCGCCAUGACUCAAGACGAGAGGAUAUACCGGGACCCCAAGUCUUUUAAUCCAAACCGAUACAAGCCGCCCUCUGCUGGCGGCCAUGGUGAGCCCUUGCCCCUUGGGCAAUUUGGCUUCGGUCGUCGAGUUUGUGUUGGCCGCUUUCUGGCAGAUAAUAGCGUCUGGAUAGCUGCGGCCACGAUGCUAGCUACUCUUAACAUUGGCAAGAAGGUCGGGCGAGACGGCCAAGUUAUCGAGCCAGAAGUGGUAUUCACUAAUGGCGGUACCUGGUGA